AUGGCGACUCUCCGUAAACGUAAAGGCAAGUGGCAGGUACAGGUCAGGCGGCAGGGCCAGCCUGCCCUCUCCAAAAUAUUCAUUCUGCAAGCAGGCGCCCGCUCAUGGGCACGCACGGUUGAAGCAGGAAUUGACCGGGGCGAAGCGCUGGUUGCCCCCGUAGCCGAACUCAAGCCGCCAGCGAAUGGCAAGCCUCGUAAUCGGCGCUUGAGCCGUGACGAGGGCGGCAGAGUGGAGGCCGCACCAAAGAAGCUCCGCAGCCCUGGGAUGCAAGCAUUGAUGCGUUUCGCCCUCCAAACCGGCAUGCGGCGUGGCGAGUUGGUCAAGUGCGAAUGA